UCCGUCAACUGUGCUCGCUCGUACCAUUUGUGACUGUUGUGUGAUGGAUGUGAAUUGAACUAUGGAGGAGGAGUCGAUGUCAGGGCAUAGCUGUUCCGAAGACGACAUCAGCGUUGGGCGACCGUCGCCGGCGCCCUCGCGAUCGCCAUCGCCGCAAGAUUACUUCAGACCGUUGAAACGAUUGAAGAUGGCUUCGGAGCCCGUUGAGGAGCGUCGUGGUGAAGGAGUGAAGAGUUUUUCCAUACUGGACAUUCUGUCUCAUAGUCCGCGAACGCCUCCGCGUAUUGUACGGCCGUGGGAUGCGUCGGGUUUUGAGAGAUUGCAGCGGUUGCAGCGCUUGGCAGGAGCCGCUCUGCUGGACGGGGAGCGCUGGAGGCUCGCCGCGUUAGGUUUACUGAGGCCGAGAGAGAUGGCUCCAGCGGAGUGCUGUGAUUCAGCGUCUGAAAGGUCUUCAUCAGCGUCAGACUGUUGUUCGGAGCCGAGACGGGCGCCGCAAGGGACCGCACCUCACACGCCGUUGGACGCGCUGUUCCACAUGACCAGUAAAACCUUUGAAGCCAAUAAUGCUGACAAUGGAGAUGGUCAGUCUAAUCACCUCAACCUCUUCAACUCCCGGCCGCAGCCGAAGAAGAAAAGAAAGUCCAGAACGGCAUUCACAAACCACCAGAUAUUUGAGCUGGAAAAGCGAUUCCUCUAUCAGAAAUAUCUCUCCCCAGCCGACCGAGACGAGAUCGCCAGCUCGCUGGGACUAUCAAACGCUCAGGUCAUCACAUGGUUUCAAAACCGGCGAGCAAAAUUGAAACGCGACAUGGAAGAACUAAAAAAAGACGUUGAAAGCGCCAAAGUGCUCUCCGCGCACAAGAGCUUCCUCGAAAACGUCACCGACUUGGGUAUUUUGAAGAAGAAAGCCAUGAGCAUAGGCGCUAGCGAGGAGGCAGCUACGAAUUUAGUCGUGAACGCGUCAAAAUGAAACGAGUCGGCGCGAUCCGUCGCGCCUGACGUCUACGAUAGGCGUCUACUCGAUUUUUAAGACAAUUCGAAUAAUCGAACAGUGCUUUCGUUACAACAAAUAUAAUUAUAAUCG